CGGGGCGCUGUUGGGCUGGAUUUUACGGUUGGAGACUCAUCUUUGGAGGCAUAUUCUUCUCUCUUUCAUUACUUUCUCCCCUGAUCUGCAGUGUUUGUUAAGCGUCUGCCCGACUGGACCUGUUUCAUCAUGGCCGUCUGAAUUUGGAUCCAAAUCCCAGUCUGAUCCCGUUUUCUCAAUCAUUUCUCCCGAUCGCAGUGGGAAUCAUUUCUUUGGGAUAUUACUUCAUUUGUGCCAAUGUUCAAACAUGCAGCCUCCGCCAAGAAAGGUAAAAGUGACACAGGAACUGAAGAACACUCAUACGGAGCAGCUCGGCCGCCUGCAUCUCAAACACCAGACGGAAUGUGAUUUAUUAGAAGAUAUGAGAACUUACAGCCAGAAAAAGGCCACACUGGAGAGAGAUUACGCACAGGCCCUGCAGAAGUUGGCGAAUCAGUAUUUAAAGAGGGACUGGCCUGGGAUCAAACCAGAUGACCAGAGGACAGACUACCGGAAUGUGUAUGGAGUGUGGCGGGCUUAUCUUGAAGGCACCGUGCAGGUGACCCAGUCUCGACUCAACGUCUGCGAGAACUACAAGAGCGACAUUUCGGACCCUGCCAAAACCUUACGCCUCUACAAGGAACAGCAGCUGAAAAAGUGCAUUGACCAGCUGGGUCGGAUCCAGGCAGAGCUCCAGGAUUCAGUGAAGGAUCUGGCCAAGUCCAAAAAGAAAUACUUUGAGCUGGAGCAGAUGGCCCAGGCUGUGCGGGAAAAGGCCGACAUUGAGUCCAAGUCGAAGCUGGGUCUGUUCCAGUCCAGGAUAAGUUUACAGAAGGCCAGUGUGAAGUUGAAAGCGAAGAGGAGCGAUUGUAACUCCAAAGCGACCCACGCAAGGAACGAAUAUCUUCUCACAUUGGCAGCCGCUAACGCACAUCACGACCGAUAUUACCAGACCGACCUGGCCAGCUGCAUCAAGGGUCUGGAGGGGAACGUAUACGAUCAUGUGAAGGAUUAUCUGAUAUCCUUUUGUCGGACCGAGCUGGAAGCGUUUCAAGCUGUCCACAGCACCUUCCAGUUCCUGCUGGAGAAGUCCAGUCGAGUGAUGCAGGACUUCAACCAGCAGCUGUUCCUGCAGGAGAACCCAGUGUUUCACAAAGCCCAAGACUUCCCGUUCCAGCCCAGCGACAGCGAUACGAGUCGACAGCUGGAAUCGGAGACAGGAACCACAGAAGAACACAGUCUGAACAAAGAGGCGAGGAAAUGGGCCACACGUGUGGCCCGCGAACACAAAAACAUCAUCCAUUACAAACGGACUCUAGAGGAAUGCGAGACGCUCGGGACUCCGCCCACGGAACAGAGCCGGAAUGAGCUGGAAUUCCGAAUAGAGGAGAUCAAGGAGAACAUCCGCAAAGCAGAGACACUAAAGCUGAAAGCAGAAGCGCGUCUGGACCUCCUGCGGCAGGUGGGUGUUUCUGUGGACACGUGGCUGAAGAGCGCCAUGAACCAGGUGAUGGAGGAGCUGGAGAACGAGCGCUGGGCAACGCUGCCCACCCUCAUCACCCACGACCUCUCUCUCUCAACCACGGUGGAUUUGGACAGAGAGGAAGGAGAAGAAUUAGAAGAGAACAUGGAGACGUAUGACGACAGCAGCUCGAGUCCGUCAGGAACCCUGAGGAACUACCCGCUCACCUGCAAGGUGCUCUACUCAUACAAGGCCUCUCAGCCUGAUGAACUAACGAUCGAUGAGCAUCAGAUGUUGGAGGUUAUAGAAGAUGGAGACAUGGAGGACUGGGUGAAGGCGCGGAAUAAGACCGGUCAGGUGGGCUACGUCCCAGAGAAGUACCUGCAGUUCCCCACGUCCAACAGCAUCCUGAGCAUGCUCCAAUCCCUCGCUGCUCUGGACGCACGCUCACACUCCUCCAGCAACUCCACGGAGCCUGAGCUGGCAUCAGGCAGCUUCAACGGAGACAGCAGCAUGAGUUUUGUUAAGGCCAUGUACGACUACGAGGGUCAGACGGAUGACGAGCUGUCAUUCCCCGAGGGAGCCAUCAUCCGCAUCCUCAACAAGGACAACCAGGAGGACGACGGCUUCUGGGAGGGCGAGUUUAACGGUCGAGUGGGUGUCUUCCCGUCCGUGCUGGUGGAGGACCUGACCGCCUCAGAGAACGGAGACGCUCACUGGGGAACAGACACACAGGUGUCCCCGUGCCAAAGGCUUCAUUCAUCACUUCCUCCUCUUCCGCUGUAUGAUCAGCCGCCCUGCAGUCUGUACACGAGCCCGGAGACCAGCAGCGCUCCCUCGCUGCCCCGCUCGCCGUCUGUCAACGGAGAACACAAACUGCCCGUCCCGCAGAAAAUCAGCGCUCACAAUCACAAUUCCAGCUUGAGUCCAGAGAGCCCAGGCUUCUCCCAGCCGCUGAGACUCGCUCCGGACGGAUCCGGCCCCGGAAAACUCAGACCUGUUCGGGCUGCACCUCCUCCUCCAAAGCAGCACACCCGCAAACAGGUGGAGAAAACUGAAGAGGUGGAGAUCACGCUGGUGUAGAGCGCCGCCCUAGUGGACUGAGAACACACCCCAUCUGACCUCUAACUCCUCCCACUCCUCGCAGAAGGGGCGGGGCAUGCAUUAACCUGCCCUAUGAGCAUCCUCAGAUCCCUGAGGGGACAGAGAACAGCAUCUCAAAGGCAUCUCUUUUUCAUAAAAUACAAACACCUCUUCUGGCGUCACAGACUGUUUGGUGCCUUAAACCGCUUUCAUGCCAAACUCUAAUCCUUUUAUUCGUAAUGACUUUAUCGUGUAACAGGAACUUGUUUAAAACUUUCUUAAUCCACUCAGUUGAGUUUUGCGAAAUCAUGGUUGAUGUGUAAGUGUGCAUCUGAAAACACAGAAAGGAAUCGAAUACAAUGGUUUAGCAAGAGUUUAAAGAGGCUACACUUGCACAUCCAUCUCUUCAGUGGCUUUUGAAGAGCCAAAACAUGCAAUACUAGGAAUUCUGGGAUGUGAAAAAGAGGUCAGCCACAAAUACUCCGACCAUUUACGUAUUUCAUGUGUAAUAGCACAGUACAUUACUGUCCUCAUAGGAAUGUUAUAUUCACGUUAACCAUUACAGAUCAUAACGGAGAAAGGGAACUGUAUAUAAAAGGCUAGAGCGGUAGAGGAGAACGAGGGUUAUUAAAAAGAGAGGAAGGCUGGUUACUUCGCUCUUUUUUUUUCAUCAAUUUAGCGUUUUUCUGUCUUGUGUUGAUCUGAAAAAAAAGUACUAACUACAUAGCUAUAUCCUUUUCCUCAACGUUUCAUUACGAAGACCAGUGUUUGUAUGUAUUACUAAUAUUUAGUCCUCAGAAAGGUGUGUGAGAGCGAUCUAAAGAUGUGUCUGCGUCUGUUUGGGCAGAGCGUAAUCAUGGAAAUAUGCUGAUCAGUAUACAAGUAUCAGUUAAAGUGCUUUUAAUGCAUUUCUCAUCGUCAUGUGAUGGGAAAGAUUCCCUCCAACAAGCACAGAAAAGGUGGAUCAUCAUGGGGAUUUUUCAUUUUAAUUAUUGCCAAUGAAUGCAAACCUAUUAUUGUGUCCUAAGUGCAUUUCCUCCCUACGAGGGGCAGCUACGUGUUUGUCUUUUUUGCAGUCGAAGACUUUAAUAAGCAAGGCCUGUUAUUUAGAUUUAUCAUUUUCAUUCAUUUCCACAGUAUUUUAAUGCAUAUCUUGAUCUUUUUCCUUGAUCAGUUUUUUUAAUGUCCGUGUAUCCCAGCUGCCUCUUUUGGAUGAUGAAGCUGCCCAGCGUCGUGUUAUUGAUCUCGUUAGAGAGUGACUGAUUGUAGUUUUCCCGUAACGUUUGAAAGAGAACAGAGUUAUUAUGUUGAUUCCAUAAUAUAGAUAGUGGAAAGAAUAAAAAAAAAUCCAUUUUGUGAAAUGGUACCAUAGUUCUGUUAAGCAGGAACAGGGUCAUCACCAAAAGAACGUGUGCGAGACGUGGGAGGAAAAAAACCCGACUUUUUUUAAUCCAAGCGGAAGAUGUUUUGAGUAUCUUCCUUUGUUUCUAUAUUCCUCUGUCACAACCUAUUUUCUUGUUGAUCUCGUUGAGAUCUUUUGAAUGUUAUCAAACUUGUUUUGAAGUUUAUGGUUAGAGGUUAAAGCCCGUUGUGUCAAAAACUGUUCUCGCCUCCGAAACGAACGCAUAUUUUGAUAUUUUCAUUUGCAUUUUUUUAAAUUGCGCUCCCAGUUUUCUCGGACAGUUUCAACUCUUUGGAGCUUCUUCAAUAGCAUUAGCUGCAUAUUCUAGUUGUUUUUAUUUCUAAAGUGAUUUUAUCUGCAUUUAUUAAAAUUUGAAGAUGAUUCCGAGCUGCUAGACAAAAAAUAAAAUAAAAAUAAAAAUAACUGAAAAACAAUUGACUGUUGCUGCAGUGACAAUAUCAGAGAACAGGUGAAAAAUAUUCUUUCUGCAUAUUAUUAGCUGUAAAAUUAUUUGUAUUUAUUGUGUACAAAUGUUAAAUAAAAAUUUGGGGAAAGUG